CCCCGCCCUGGAUUCCACUUCCCCUCGGCUCGCGCCACAGCGGCCACCUCCGGUCCCUUCGUCGCCUCGGGAGCCCAUGGCCGGGACGCGCUGGGUGCUAGGGGCGUUGCUCCGGGGCUGCGGCUGCAACUGCAGCAGCUGCCGGCGCACCGGCGCCGCCUGCCUGCCCUUCUACUCGGCCGCCGGCACCUUCCCGUCGGGCGUCUCGGGCCGCCGCCGUCUGCUGCUGCUCCUCGGGGCCGCCGCGGCCGCCGCCUCGCAGACGCGCGGCCUGCAGCUCGGGCCCGCGGCCGCCGGGAGACUGGCGGGUCCCGUCCCUGCCCGGCCCUCCGCCGCCGCGGCCGCCGCCGCGUCCUACUCAGCCCUGCGCACCCCGCUGCUCCCGCGAUCGCUGGCGGCCGCCUCGGGCCCGGCGCGGGCUUACGGCCAGGAGUCCAAAACGACCUACCUGGAAGACCUCCCGCCCCUACCUGAGUACGAGUUGAGCCCGUCCAAAUUAGGACAGGAGGUGGACGAUGUGUAUCUCAUUCGAGCUCAGGGACUACCUUGGUCCUGCACUGUGGAAGAUGUCCUUAACUUUUUCUCAGACUGCAGAAUCCGCAACAGUGAGAAUGGAAUCCAUUUCCUCUUAAAUAGAGAUGGGAAACGAAGGGGUGAUGCCUUAAUUGAGAUGGAGUCGGAGCAGGAUGUGCAGAAGGCCUUAGAAAAGCACCGGAUGUACAUGGGACAGCGCUAUGUGGAAGUAUAUGAGAUAAAUAAUGAAGAUGUGGAUGCCUUAAUGAAGAGCCUGCAUGUCAAGUCUUCACCUGUGGUAAAUGACGGCGUGGUCCGCUUGAGAGGACUUCCUUACAGCUGCAAUGAGAAAGAUAUUGUUGACUUCUUUGCAGGAUUGAACAUAGUAGACAUUACUUUUGUGAUGGACUAUAGAGGAAGAAGAAAAACAGGGGAAGCCUAUGUACAGUUUGAAGAACCAGAAAUGGCCAACCAAGCGCUUUUAAAGCACAGGGAAGAAAUUGGUAACAGAUACAUAGAGAUAUUUCCAAGCAGAAGGAAUGAAGUUCGAACACAUGUUGGAUCUCAUAAGGCAAAGAAAAUGGUAUCUUCUCCUACUGCUAAAUAUAUAACUGAGCCAGAAGUGGUAUUUGAGGAACAUGAAGUAAAUGAGGAUAUUCGGCCUAUGACAGCUUUUGAAAAUGAUAAAGAGAUAGAACUGCCUAAGGAGAUGUCAGAAAAACUCCCAGAGACUGUUGAUUUUGGAUCUACGCCUUCACUCCACUUUGUCCAUAUGAGAGGAUUGCCUUUCCAAGCCAAUGCCCAGGACAUUAUAAAUUUCUUUGCUCCGCUGAAGCCUGUGAGAAUCACCAUGGAGUACAGCUCUAGUGGGAAGGCCACUGGAGAAGCUGAUGUGCACUUUGAUACCCAUGAGGACGCCGUUGCAGCUAUGCUCAAGGAUCGGUCCCAUGUUCAACAUAGGUAUAUUGAGCUGUUCCUAAAUUCAUGUCCUAAAGGAAAAUAAGACUUCAGCAGAUCCCCAGAUGAUAAGGGUGAAGCAGGGAGCGCCUCAUUUGCACAUCUCUCUUGAACAUGGGAUGUAAAGAUCCAGAUGACUGGCAGCAACCGCUGGAGAAAGGAUCUAGGCAUCCAACAAUAGUUUCAUGGCAGAGUGUUUAGAUCGAGAAAGAUUCAGUUUGGGAUUAUGAAUAAGCUACAAAUUUAAAGUUCCAUUUAAACAGUCCUGAAUCUGAUUGAGAAAGUCUGGUUUAUGUAACUUAGUUUCCUGUUAUAGAGGAUAUAUUACAGUUGUAAGUGAUGUUCCAUUCAAUGCUGCUCUUUAUAGAACCUUAUUUCUGCCUGUUUUUCUGCCUAUGAUUGAGAGCUCUGACGUAAAACUUCUCAUGGAAUAAAAUAAGGUGUAUUUUUUGCCAAACACCAAAGCAAGGGAAGGUUUCAGAACUUUAAUAAGCCAGUCUGAUUUGGUCAAGUAAUGUUUAAUUUUGUCUGUAUUUAAUUGCUUAGGGCUAGAAAUAAAAAAAAAAAAAAAAAAAAAAAACCAAAAAACCACAAACCACAGGUUAUUGAGCAUAAGUGGUCACUUUGCAGUUUUGUCUUUAGAAACAAACACUUUGCCUCCCUAAACCUUGACCUAAAAAGGCUUUUAACGUGGGUGCUUAUUUUUGUUACGGGAAGUCUAGGCUAACUUAAAACUUCAGAGUCUCUCUUUCUCUCUCUCAUUUAAGACAAAUGUUAUCUUAAGGCUGUUAGGUUUGAAAUCAUAAAGUGACACAUCAAAGUCCAGACUGGUGAGGACAUUAAUAGCUUCACUUGAAUUAAACCAGCUCUAGAUAGGAAAAAACCAACCUGAGUCUCCUCAUUUGCUUUUCCAGUGGGGUAGCCACCCAUGUUUUAGAACAAGUAGGGGUGCUUUGCUUAAAUAAAACUAGCAUUUAAUAUAUAAUUGUGUGAAGGAUUUAUGGAUAGAGCUGUAUUUCUGUCACAUUGUGACAGUACCUUCUGCUUUAAUACUAAAUAGCUUGUUAUUUAAAUAUUGGUCAAAAUGGCUGGCUUCAAAAAUAGUCAUUAAUAAAAUUAACUUUAUGUAUAUCUGUGUAGAAGAAUAAAGUCCUGUACAUUUUCUUUA